GCGCCCCCUGGCGGGCGCGGCGCGGCACAGAGCGGGGCUCGGCUCGGCCGGCGCUGGCUGCGGCGGCUGCUCGCGGGAGCCGCGCGGCGCGGAGCGGAGCGGGGCCGGCGGCGGCGGCGGCGGCGCCGCGCGGGGCGCGAUGGCGGGCGGCCUGGCCGAGGUGCUGGGCGAGGUGCUGGUGGCCGCGGACGGGGAGGAGGUGGCCGUGUCGGCGCUGGCCGCCCGCGGGGUCUCGCUGGUGGGGCUCUACUUCGGCUGCAGCCUCGGCGGCCCCUGCGCGCAGCUCGGCGCCAGCCUGGCCGCCUUCUACGGGCGCUUCCAGGCGGAGGCGGCGGCGGGCGGCGCGCAGCGCCUCGAGAUCGUCUUCGUGUCGGCGGAGCAGGAGCAGCAGCAGUGGCAGGAGGCCGUGCGGGCCAUGCCCUGGCUGGCGCUGCCCUUCGCCGACAAGCACCGCAAGCUGAAACUGUGGAACAAAUACCGAGUCUCCAACAUUCCUUCCCUGAUAUUUAUCGAUGCCUCCAGUGGGAAGGUGGUCUGCAGGAACGGCCUCCUGGUAAUCCGAGAUGACCCCGAAGGUCUGGAGUUCCCCUGGGGGCCAAAACCCUUCAGCGAAGUCGUUUCCGGGCCCCUGCUGAGGAACAACGGCCAGUCGCUAGACAGCAACGUCCUGGAGGGCUCUCACGUCGGGGUCUAUUUCUCAGCGCACUGGUGCCCACCUUGCCGAAGCCUCACAAGGGUCCUGGUGGAGUCCUACCGGAAAAUCAAGGAGGCGGGGCAGAAAUUUGAGAUACUCUUCGUUAGUGCAGACAGGUCAGAGGACUCCUUCAAGCAGUAUUUCAGCGAGAUGCCCUGGCUGGCUGUCCCGUACACUGAUGAGGCCAGACGAUCGCGCCUGAAUCGACUCUACGGCAUACAAGGCAUCCCGACCCUCAUCGUGCUGGACUCCAAGGGCGACGUGAUCACGCGGCAGGGCCGGGUGGAAGUGCUGAACGACGUCGAGUGCCGCGAGUUCCCCUGGCACCCCAAGCCCGUGCUGGAGCUGACGGACUCCAACGCCGUGCAGCUGAACGAGGGCCCCUGUCUCGUCCUCUUCGUAGAUUCGGAGGACGACGGAGAGUCGGAGGCAGCGAAACAACUGAUUCAGCCCAUAGCCGAAAAAAUCAUCGCCAAGUACAAAGCCAAAGAGGAGGAGGCCCCGUUGCUCUUCUUUGUGGCGGGAGAGGAUGACAUGACCGACUCGCUCCGGGAUUACACCAACCUGCCGGAGGCCGCGCCCCUGCUCACCAUCCUCGACAUGUCAGCCAGGGCCAAGUACGUGAUGGAUGUGGAGGAGAUCACGCCAGAGAUCGUGGAAGCCUUCGUGAGCGACUUUCUAGCAGACAAGCUAAAACCCGAGCCCAUCUAAGGGGGCUUCUGCGCCCACGGACGUUAUUUAAAACUAGGUCUCUCUUCUGCCGCUCGUGGAUUCUCCAGCGUGUUCUCACGCCCGACCCAGUCUCCGACCUUCUUGUGGUGCCUUGUUUUACGCAGUGAAUCCUUCUCCUAAGCAAACUCCUUGAGAUGCACUUUCAGCAGGGAGUCGUUGGCGUUUGGAGACUUCGCUUGUGCUUCAUGGUGAUAUAUUCUCUAAUAACCAGGCCAGAACUGUUACCAUAUCGUUAUUUUAUACACGGCACUAGCUAGCAGGCAAAUCUUUUCGCGUGGUGUUCUCCCAGCGUAUGCAUCAGGCAGCGGACGGGGUGCUCGGGGCUCUUUUCUUCUUCUUCUUCCCCUUCUUCCCUUUCCUACUACCCUUGCAGACCAAAUUUCUUCAAGGAAGCAAUAAGGAAAUUGUCCCCUUUGCCCCUUGCCCACCUUCCCCUCCCGCUUGAGUAACAGUGCCCUGACGAGGCCAAGUCCAAGUCUUAACUGCUGACAACCUCUGAAAGAUGACAGCGCAGCCGAGCUCCUCCUCCUCCUCCUCCUCUUCCUCCUCCUCCUCCUCCUCGGGGCCAGAACUGCCUGGGGUUUCCCACCUCCCAGCCCAGAUGCUUUCUAAUGGCUGCGCGCGUUGGGGGAAAUCCACCCACCCGCAAAACACCGACCCUCCCUCCGGCCCCGGAGCGGGAGGGGGACCCCCGCCGGGCUGCCCUGCCCUCCCCUCCUCGUCUCCUCGUGCUCGUCCCUCCUCCUCCUCGCCGUCUUAUCCCGGCGCUCUGGUGUGGAUUGUCCGCCCCUCUAUGUUAGUCGAUUGAGCUGUUUUUCGUAGGUGUGUCCCAAACCCAACGUUAAUGGUGCUGUUCUUUAAAAAAACACAACAUCCCUCCCCCCUCCCUAAGGCAGGCAGCACGGCCGAGCCCCCAAAAGUGACAUUGUAAAAACUGUACAUGGUGAUUGGAACUUUGUAAUAAAACUGUUAUAAUAACCUG